AUGGCCGAGGUGAUUGGUACCGUCGCGGCAGUUCUGCAAUUAACCCAGGCAGCUGCGACAACAGCUCUCCAAGUGUACGAGUUCUUCUCCGUUAUUCACAAUGCGCCCCAAGAAAUUAGCAUGCUGAGUAGAGACGUGCGCGCGUUUUACACCUUAUUUCAUAAUCUCGAAACAUCAUUAGGCAGCGCCAGUGUGAAAGCGGCUAUUGAUAGGGAUGUGGAGAUAGAAACCGCGCUGAAGACAUUGAUCGAUCCUAUUUCCAACUGCCGUGCUGCGCUGAGUCGAAUGAAAGAUAAACUCAGUCCGCAUCUCAGAGCAGAUAUUUCUUCGCUUCAGGUUUCUAAACAAGACUCGGAAGCUGGCCAUCCCAUUUCAGUUGAGCGAUUGCGGAUGAGAAGCGCGAAUGUGAGCUGGUUUUUUAAGCGGAAGGAAGUCUUUGCGUCGGCCCUUGAGUUGGAACGUACGAAAGCCACAUUCGGGGAUGCUAUGGGGAGUAUCACAUUGCUUUUGGCACUUAAACAGUCGACUAUAAAGAGCGAAAGCAGGGUCAUAGCCCGAAACCAUGACUUUAACGACGACGCGGGUUCAGCGUUAAGCAAUUACGCCACGUCUAUUGUCGACGUCCAGCAAGAUGAAUCAUCAGCCAAGAAACCCCUAGGACGUUCAGUUGCAAGAAAAGAAAAGCCAAAGACCGACAUCCAAACCAGAAUCAAACUGGCGAGAGAAUUGAAGGUCGGCAUCGAUGGCAACUCAAAGUUUGUCGUGAAAGCAGUCCUCCAACAUGUGGAUGUUGACGUUCGGGGUCGAAAAGGUAGAACUGCACUUUCUCACGCUGCAGAAGCAGGAAACGUGGAAAUCACAAAGUUACUACUUGAAGAAGGCGCUUCGGUAUCAGCUCGUCAGUACAGUGUCAGUGGCUGGGCCGGAGGCCACAAUCCUCAUCACUGCAGUGGAAUCACCCCUUUGCACUGGGCAGCAAGAAAGGGACAUAAGCAAGUUGUCGAGCUGCUCUUGCAGUAUGGCGCCAAUCCAAAUGCGAGGGGAACAGCCGGUCGAGCCCCAAUACAAGAGGCAUCGUGUGGGAAUCAUAUCGAAAUCGUCAAGCUAUUGCUGUCGAAAAAGGCAGACGUGAACGCGCAGAGCUACUACGACGGCUGGACAUCUUUGCACGAGGCUGUGUUUGCUAAACGCAUUCAACUGGUGCAGCUUUUAAUCGCCAGCGGAGCUCUCCUGAACGUUCACAUAAUAUAUCCUGACGAAAAAGCACCACUCCAUUUCGCCGUGGCUUUGCAAUCACUUCAGAUCACGAAAAUGCUACUUGAAGCCCAGGCUGAUCCUAAUGUACUGAUGGUGGAAGAUAUAACACCUCUGCAUUUAGCUGCUGCGGCGGGAUGGAUUCCUGGUAUCGAAUUGCUCGUGAGCUUCGGCGCCGACCUGGAUGCUAGGGACACCUUCACUCACGAAACACCCCUACACAAGUCCGCACGAAACCGCCACAUUCGUGCAAUUGAGAAGCUCUGUGGAUUGGGGGCGAACCGAGAAGCCAAGAAUUGUGAUGGGCAGAGUUAUGCGGAUAUUCUGGAAUGCGCAACAGAGGACCCAAAGGAGUGGGCCGUCCACAACUCUAGAGCUUCAUAUUUCAGGCAACAGAAUGCCUCGGCGCGUCCUUGA